AGAACGCCGCUGCUGCGCAUGCGCAAACCUCCACGCUCAUUUCAAAACAAUCGUCGUCACUCGAAUCUCUGAUAUAAACAUACUGAGCAUUUAAUGAAAGUUCGUGUUUAAACUCGACAUUCAUCUUUUCGUCUCUGGGAGCUGAGACAUAAAGCGGGGCUGAAUGUGUGAUGGACGCAUACUGCAGUCUGAGUGAUGAUCAGUCUGAUGCUGCCAGACAACAAGAGAGACACUAUUACCUGCUGUCAGAGCUGCAGGCGCUCGUGAAGGACCUGCCCAGCUCGUUUCAGCAGCGUCUGUCGUACACCACGCUCAGUGAUCUGGCUCAAGCGCUCAUCGACGGGACGGUGUAUGAAAUAGUGCAAGGGCUGCUGGACAUUCAACACCUGACAGAGAAAAACCUCUAUAACCAGAGACAGAAACUACACAGCGAACACAGAGCUCUCAAGCAGGAUUUGGUUCGAAAACACAAACAGGCACUGCAGACGUGCAAGUCUCAUAAUUUGGCCGUUCUGAAAACAAACCAGCGAGCCGAAAAUGAGGCUCUUGAUCAGCGAGUGAAAGAUGAGCAGAGGAUGAUGGACGAGAAGAUCGUGGCUGAAAUGGAUCAGAAGGUUCUGGAUCAACAGAACACGCUGGAGAAAGCUGGUGUACCGGGUUUCUACAUCACCACCAACCCGCAGGAGGUGAUGAUGCAGAUGAAUCUGCUGGAACUGAUCCUGAAGCUGCAGCAGAAAGAGACUGUUUCUGGAUCUCUGCCUUGAGAGCAGCGGAAGAGACUCGGCUACAUGUACAGCCUCUCGGUUGAAUGUGAAUGACCUGUUUUGAUUACAGUAGGACGCUGGACCUUCAAAAGUGCAAAAAUCUCUUUUUGUUUACAUUUAUUUGCUGAUGAUGGGCUGGAAAGGUCUAUAACAUGACCCUGGACUGAUAAAAUGCCCACCUGAAGUUUACUUUUGACAUUAAAUAUUGUUUUGUAAAUGUAUAUAAAAUUUAUUUGCAUCCAACCUCGUUGGCAAACAUUCAGUGCUCUGUUAUGAUUUGUGUUAUAUGUGAAGCAGCUGUAUUAUAAGAAAAAUGAUUUAAUUUCUUUGAACAGGACCUGCAUUAUUAAAGCACAGAUCAAGCUUGA